UUCUGUCCCUGGAUCCAGCUCAGCUUUCUCAGUCCGGUGCUGGAGGUUCUACGAAGUCAGCCGCAACCUGGUUUACCUAGACCCAAAUGAGCAUUCACAGGCCACGCGACCCUCCACUCCCGGUGCAGACCCUUCUAAGCUUGGUCUCGCCAGCUGAUCCAUUGUUAACCGGAGUUUAUUAAGCCCACCUCAUCUGUCCCGAGUUUACCUAGCCCUUACCGGAACCUUCUGGGCGAGCUCUGCCUCCGCGUGGGAGCGGGUGACCCAACUCCCCACAUCUCUUCACUGCUGCCCUUCAACUGACUUCCACAGUUCAGACCCUUGGAGAGGGUGGGAGAUGAGAGCUCAGCCCUAGAUGUGGGAACUGCAACCUGCUGUAUGUAGAGAUGGACAGCAGACAGCAGCGCCCCCAGAGGAAGACGCUACAGUGGCAGCUUGCUCAAGAGCAAAGGCAACAGUCUCCCCAGCAGGGGCUUUCAGCAGCCUCCAGCCAGCCAGACACCAAGAGCAAGCCUCCGGAGGACCUGCAGACCCAAGACUGGGUGUGUGAGCCUCAGGAGCACAGGCGCCCAGGUACCUCCUGGAAUGUCAGCAUCGAUGAGCGCAGGCAUCUGGCCAUGCUGCGUAUGGAGGAGAGGACAAACCCAGCCAGGGACCCAUUCAGAAAUGUGCUGGGCCUGCAUCUGGAGGACCAGCAGACUGAGCCCUCCCCACCGACCCAGCCUGUCCCAGACCUUUCCUUCCAGGCCGGUGAAAAUGUGGUGAGGGACAUCACACAGCUGGUGGCAGAGAUGAUGUCCGAGGGUAUAGAGAGAGACGUACUCCUCCCUCACCCCCUUAGACCUACAGAGUACUCCAACGCCUUACAGGACUUCUUGGCCCGGAAUGCGCCCCUUUGGAAGAAUGAGAAUUCUUCAAGGUUGCCCCACCCCUAAGAAGGAUCUCGGCUUAGCCCUG